AUGGCGAUCGUGGGCAGCGUUCAGCUGCGCGCCCGCCCGCGCCCACUUCCGCCAAGCCCGCCUGAAGGGGAGGAAAUUCUCCCCGCCAAGACCUAUGCUGGAUUCAUAAUCCAUAAAGUUGAAGUUUCUCGGAGCAUGGAGAAUACCUCGAGUUUAUUAAAUCUCACCAGUUCGUCAGGCUGGAGAACGGCUGGAGUCAGGACGGGACUUUACAUCUUUAUAAUGGUGAUUGUGACAGCCGCUAUGGUUGGCAAUUGCCUAGUGGUCCUCGCUGUUUUCUACUUCAAGCAGCUGCGCUCUGCAACCAAUGCCUUUGUGCUAUCAUUAGCCAUAGCCGAUUUCCUCGUUGGGAUUAUGGUGAUGCCCUAUAGUAUGGUCAGAACUAUUGAAGGGUGUUGGCACUUUGGAUCCACCUUCUGUCGAAUCCAUUCAAGCCUGGAUGUGAUGUUCUGCACUGCCUCCAUACUUCACCUGAGUUGUAUUGCCCUGGACCGCUACUAUGCCGUCUGUGACCCUCUCAUGUAUCAUUGUAAGAUGUCACCCGGGAAGGUUGUCAUCCUGCUCUUUGCCUGCUGGAUGGUCCCAGCUGCGAUAUCAUUCAUCCCCAUAAUGAUGCAGCUACACAGACUAGGCGUUGACCCUGACCUGCUGACCAAGAGCAGCUGUGUGCUCAUGGUGAACCCAACCUAUGCUGUCUGCGCCUCUCUAAUAGCCUUUUACCUGCCCAUGUUCAUUAUGCUAGCGGCAUACUGGAAGAUAUACAAGGUAGCUAGAAAGCAGGCAAUUCAGAUUGAUGCUGUGGAUAACCAAAUCCAGGAAAGUGCCUCAGGCUUAGUAAGGGCUCAUGCACACAAACAAUCCAUGAAACAGGAAAAAAAGGCAGCUAAAACGCUGGGGAUCAUUAUCGGCGCGUUUCUUGUCUUCUGGCUGCCCUUCUUCACAGCGAAUAUCAUUGAUCCUUUCCUGGGUUACAAGACAGACAGGGUGACUUGGGAGGUGUUGGUCUGGCUUGGCUACAGCAAUUCGUCCAUGAACCCAUUCCUCUACGCGUUUUUCAACCGGUCAUUCAGACGAGCGUUCCUCAUCAUUAUCGGCUGUAAAAUCUGUGUCCCCCGAUCUCUGCAAAACUUUGACUUGUCGGACAGCAAACGGGAUGUUGCACAGGAGUCAGUGCACUGA